GCGGACUGCGGCCAAGCACCGGCUCCUGUGAGGCUCGCGGCCCAGCGUUCUCUGGGCUCUGCAGAAGCCAGCCUUUCGCUCCCGGACCAGGCAGCCCGAGCAGGAGCCGUGGGGCCUGGCACUAGCACCCUCCGCGGCGUGCCAUGGGCCCGCGCCGCCGGAUCCGCAAGCCCGAGGCCCCGAGGAGGCGCAGCCCGAGUCCGACCCCCGGCCCCUCCCGGCGGGGCCCCUCCUUAGGCGCUUCCUCCCGUCAACACGGUUGGCGGAGACAAAGUUGGCUAAAGGAGAUUCGAAAGCUUCAGAAGAGCACACACCUCUUGAUAAGGAAGCUCCCCUUCAGCCGCCUGGCAAGAGAAAUAUGUGUUAAAUUCACGCGUGGUGUGGACUUCAAUUGGCAAGCCCAGGCCCUACUGGCCCUACAAGAGGCAGCAGAAGCAUUUCUAGUUCAUCUCUUUGAGGAUGCCUAUCUCCUCACCUUACAUGCUGGCCGAGUUACUCUCUUCCCAAAGGAUGUGCAACUGGCCCGGAGGAUCCGGGGCCUUGAGGAGGGACUCGGCUGAGCUCCUGCGCCCAGUGUUUCUGUCAGUCUUUCCUGCUCAGCCAGGGGGGAUGAUACCGGGGACUCUCCAGAGCCAUGACUAGAUCCAAUGGAUUCUGCGAUGCUGUCUGGACUUUGCUGUCUCUGAACAGUAUGUGUGCGUUGCUUUAAGCAUUUUUUUUUUUUUUUGAGAAGGAGUAGACUGCAUGACUUUCCUCUGUAACAGAGGUAAUAUAUGAGACAAUCAACACUGUUCCAAAGGCCUGAAAAUAAUUUUCAGAUAAAGAGACUCCAAGGUUGACUUUAGUUUGUGAGUUACUCAUGUGACUAUUUGAGGGUUUUGAAAACAUCAGAUUUGCUGUGGUAUGGGAGAAAAGGAUAUGUACUUAUUAUUUUAGCUCUUUCUGUAAUAUUUACACUUUUUACCAUCUGUACAUUUGUACUUUUAUUUUACACAUAAGGGAAAAAAUAAGACCACUUUGAGCAGUUGCCUGGAAGGCUGGGCAUUUCCAGCAUAUAGACCUCUGCCCUUCAGAGUAGCCUCACCAUUAGUGGCAGCAUCAAGUAACUGAGUGGACUGUGCUUGUCAACAGAUGUGUAGCUUUUCAGAAACUUAAUUGGGGAUGAAUACAAAAUCUGUAAGCUUUGAUGUUGUGGUUCCUUCUAGUAAAUUCCUGUCAAAAUCAAUUCAGAAAUUCUAACUUGGAGAAUUUAACAUUUUACUCUUGUAAAUCAUAGAAGAUGUAUCAUAUCAGUUCAGGAUUUUAAAGUACCUUUUCGAUGCUUUUACAGGUAUUUUUGUAGUUUCUUUGUAGAGAGAUAAUAAAAAUCAAAAUAAUUAUUUAAUGAAAA